GAAAGAGCGGCAUCAGAUAAGAUUCCAAGUCCCACCUUUCAUUUCCCUCUCUUCUUCCCCCGCCUCUCUCUCUCUCUCUCUCUCUCUAACCGUCAUCUUCUUCUUCUUCUUCUUUGCCACUCCACUAAGCCUGAGGCUCCCGAACCAGUGCAGCUCUAUCAUCUCCCCAGCUCUAGUCUGCGGCGGCGACGACUCUCUCUUCCGCCUCCAGUUCUACGGUUCACCGGGUUGCUCCAUGCGUCUGUAGCGAAUUCGGUGAAGCAAAAAUAAGCAGCUAUCACUGCUGCAUAUUGUACAAAAUUUGCAUUAAUCAAAGACAAAAUGACUCCAGUUAUUCCAUCUUCUGUGAGCAAUAUUACCCCUAUUCCUGGAAAUGCCUUCUUGCGAAGGAAGAAUGAUCGAUCUAACCGAUGCAGCAUAUUAGGGACAUGGCCAACUCGCACCUCAUUCUCACAAGGACACAGUUUGCCUCUACCAUCAUCCAUUGUAUUGUUUCCAAGAUUGGGGUAUGGGCUGCGUUACAAAUAUAGGAGUCGCACGUUAUUUGCCACAGGAACUGAUGUAGCAACAGAGGAACAAAAUCCUCCUGUUGCAGAGGAAGAUUCCAGUGGAUCAUCUGAAAGCACACCUGGUGAAAUUGAAACAAGUGAGCAGACCUCUGUCCAACCUGAAUCAAGUUCAACGCCUGCUCAAGCUAGACGGUCAAGGUCCACUAGGAAAAGUGAAAUGCCACCCAUAAAGGAUGAAGAGUUAGUUCCUGGGGCAACUUUUACUGGGAAAGUAAGAUCUAUACAGCCAUUUGGUGCUUUUGUUGAUUUUGGAGCUUUCACCGAUGGCCUGGUACAUGUUUCCCAGUUGAGCGAUCGCUUCGUUAAGGAUGUUGGAAGUAUUGUCUCUGUUGGACAAGAGGUAAAGGUCAGGUUGCUAGAAGCAAAUAAUGAGACAGGACGGAUUUCUUUAACCAUGCGUGAAAGUGAUGACACUAGCAAGCCGCUGCAAAGGAGAGAUGCACCUGCAAGUGGCGAUAGGCCUAGACCUUCUAGGAAAAGUAAUGUCGGACAGAAGAGAGAUGAAGGCAAGAAAAGCACGAAGUUUGUAAAGGGGCAAGAUCUUAAGGGCACAGUUAAGAAUUUAACCAGGUCUGGUGCUUUUAUAUCUCUUCCUGAGGGAGAAGAAGGGUUUCUGCCAACAUCAGAAGAGUCUGAUGAUGGAUUUGUCAGCAUGAUGGGGGGCUCCUCGCUUGAGAUAGGUCAAGAGGUUGAUAUUCGAGUUUUACGGAUAUCAAGAGGACAGGUUACAUUGACAAUGAAGAAAGAAGAAGAUCUUAAGAACUUAGAUGCUGAGCUUAGCCAAGGUGUUGCACAUGUCGGAACAAACCCUUUUGUGCUGGCAUUCCGGAAGAACAAGGAAAUUUCUGCAUUUUUGAAUGAGAGAGAAAUAUUGGGGAAGCCAAUGGCACCAACCGCUUCUGAUGAAAUACAAGGAAAAGUAGGGAAAAGUGAAACUGCAUCAGUCACUGAAGUGCUGAGUCAACCGGCAGAUAGCAGUGAAACGAUAGCUACAGUCCCUUCCACUGUGAAUGGAGAAACUGCAGGUUCUUCAGCUAGUGUGGAUGUGGGUGACAUUAAAGUUGAUGAGAAUUCACCCAGUUCCACCGUUGAUGAAAAGGAAUUAGAAACUGUGUCUUCGAGCUUGUCACAAAGUGUGGAUGGUGCUACCCAAGCAGCUGUGGAAGAAGCGGAGGUCAGUCCUAAAGCCUUGACUAUUGAAGGGAGUGAAUUAUCCCUUGAGUUGGUAGCUGAGGAGGCUUCUCCAACAGAUGAAUUGGUAGCUGUGGAGGCAGCUCCAACGGGUGAAUUGGUAGUUGAGGAGGCUGCUUCAAAUGAUGAAAUGAAGAGUAAUGAAGUUCCUGAAUCCUCUGGGGAGACAACUAGUCAGCUCUCAUCUUCAGAAAGCCCAACAGCCAACGAAGUGACAAAGAGUGAACCAGAAAGUGUGGCUUCAAGCUUGUCACAAAGCGUGGAUGGUGCUACCCAAGCAGCUGUGGAAGAAGCGGAGGUCAGUCCUGAAGCCUUGAUUACUGGAGUGAAUGAAUCAUCUGUUGAGUUGGUAGCUGAAGGGGUUUCUCCAACAGAUGAAUUGGUAGCUGUGGAGGCUGCUCCAACAAGUGAAUUGGUAGUUGAGGAGGCUGCUCCAAAUGAUGAAAUGACUAGUAAUGAAAUUCCUGAAUCCUCUGGGGAGACAACUAGUCCGCUCUCAUCUUCAGAAAGCCCAACAGCCAACGAAAUCGCAACGAGUGAAUUAGAUAGUGCCAUUCCAAAGGAGGAAGAACAAAUUGAAAGAACUAAAACUUUAGAUGAAGUUGCUGAUGGAGUAUCUGGAAAAGGAAAUGAGAUAGGGACUUCUACGGAUGACAAUGGCAGCAUGAUUGGCUCAGAUUUGCAAACAAAUGAUUCUUCUCCGGAUGCUAAAGGUGAGGCGGAAAUUAAUGGAUCUUCUGAUAUACCCGGAGUUCCUGCAGAUGAUCCAAUCCUGUCUUCAGACAGUUGGAGUGAAGAAGUUGAAGAGACAAAACUUGAAAGUGCCACAAAGGAGCCACUUGAACCAAUAUCUUCAGGUGAUUCUGUAGUAUCUUCUGAAGCGCCAGUUGAAGACGUCACCGAGGAAAAUGGCACUGUUGCUGUAUCUAAUGGAAAUGCUAGCGGUGGUUUGCCAAAAGAAAGUGGACCAAAAGCCAGUAUAUCACCAGCUCUUGUAAAGCAGCUUCGUGAAGAAACUGGUGCAGGAAUGAUGGAUUGCAAAAAAGCUCUGUCAGAGAGUGGUGGUGACAUCGUGAAGGCUCAGGAAUUCCUAAGAAAGAAAGGCUUAGCUAGCGCAGAAAAGAAGGCCAGUAGAGCAACUGCUGAAGGCAGAAUUGGUUCCUACGUUCAUGAUAGCAGGAUCGGAGUCCUAAUAGAGGUGAACUGUGAGACUGAUUUUGUCUCUCGGGGUGACAUUUUCAAGGAACUGGUUGAUGAUCUAGCCAUGCAAGUGGCUGCAUGCCCUCAAGUUCAGUAUCUGGUGACAGAGGAUGUCCCAGAAGAAAUUGUCAGCAAGGAAAGCGACAUUGAGAUGCAAAAGGAAGAUCUCUUGUCAAAGCCUGAGCAGAUUAGAGCAAAAAUUGUUGAAGGGAGAAUCAAGAAGAGGCUUGAGGAGUUGGCACUACUGGAACAGCCUUACAUAAAGAAUGACAAGAUAGUAGUAAAGGACUGGGUGAAGCAGACAAUUGCUACCAUCGGUGAAAAUAUCAAAGUUAGAAGAUUUGUGCGUCUCAAUCUUGGAGAAGGAUUGGAGAAGAAGAGCCAGGAUUUUGCUGCCGAGGUCGCUGCGCAAACAACAGCAAAAUCUCAAGCUCCUCCAAAGCAAGAGGAACCUGUCGCUGCCAAAGCUGAGGAAACCAUUCAAAAGCCACCGACGGUAGCAAUAUCUGCUGCACUUGUCAAGCAAUUACGCGAAGAAACUGGAGCAGGAAUGAUGGAUUGCAAGAAAGCUCUCUCUGAAACAGGGGGCAAUCUUGAGAAGGCACAAGAGUACCUCAGAAAGAAGGGUUUAUCCACUGCGGACAAGAAAUCAAGCCGCCUCGCUGCUGAAGGCCGAAUUGGUUGUUACAUCCACGACUCUCGCAUUGGAGUGCUAGUUGAAGUUAAUUCUGAGACAGACUUUGUGGGUAGAAGCGAAAAAUUUAAGGAGCUGGUCGAUGAUCUGGCAAUGCAAGUGGUAGCCUGCCCUCAAGUAGAGUUUGUUUCCAUUGAUGAAAUUCCUGAGAGCAUCGUGAAGCAAGAGAAGGACCUUGAGAUGCAGAGAGAGGACCUCCAGUCGAAACCAGAGAACAUUAGAGAGAAGAUCGUGGAGGGACGAGUUUCUAAGAGACUCGGAGAGCUUGCUCUCCUAGAGCAACCGUUUAUCAAGGACGACUCUCUAUUGGUGAAGGACUUGGUGAAGCAAACCGUCGCCGCUCUCGGCGAGAAUAUAAAAGUCCGGAGGUUCGUUAAGUUCACUCUUGGGGAGACAAUUGAAGAUGCAAAGGCAGGAGAUGAAUAGAAGAUGCAGCUGAUACCACCGUUGGAUGAUCGGUGACACCAAUUUUAGGAGAGAGAGAAUGAGUUUUGAUCUUACAUACUGAGAUGAUAUCAAAGUUCGAAUUGCAAUGAUAAUUUGUACGGUGAAACACGCAAAUGCCGCAUUUGGAUUCUACAUUUUGGUGACGACCAUAGAAGAGAGCUUCGUAUUUCUUUUAUCCGCGUUAA